AUGCCUCCCGCUACUUCCCCCCAGAUCCGGCAUUUCAAGUCGACUGAUAAGAUGGCUUUGAAUGCGCUCGGGACAGGGACGUGGGUCACCGAGCUGGGAACGACGGGUGUCAAGUCCGAGUAUACAGGCGGGAUGUUUGAGAAGGAUGCAACGUCAGAUCCGGUCAAUAACAAGAAUGGAGCGACGCAGAGCGAGUGGAAAUAUAUCAUCUCGGGCGAGUGGCACAUCCGGACAGAUACUGGCAAAGACAUCAUCGCCAGAGUCGGAGACGUCGUGUUCGUCCCCAAGGGCGCGAUCUUCAGCUCCAGUCCAUCACCUUUCCGCGCGUUCUUUGUAGCUAGCAGGAGUAGCAAGCCCCAUCUGGCCAAGCUCUGA